AUGACGCGCACGCUCCGUUCACGCAAAACAACGGGCCUUCCAUCCGAGCCACAGCCAGAUGCCAUCGCCAAAGAGACUGCUGAAUCAAAGCCAGAGAAACCGGCAGCUGUACCAGCGGGGUCCAAGAACUUCCUCUCAGAGGUCUCGAAUGCACUGCUCUUCCCGAGGGCAGCCAACUUCGAAACCUGGCUUCACGCAAACCACGACUCGACGCCCAAGGGCAUCUGGCUGCAGUUCAGCAAGAAAGCCCACUCUGUCCCCUCCAUCACGUACGACGAAGCUCUAGACAUUGCGCUGUGCUACGGCUGGAUUGAUGGGCAGUGCAAGAGCCUGCCUUCUGGCACGCACUCUGCCCGACGCUUCACGCCGCGUCGCAAGGCAAGUCUGUGGUCGAAAAGGAACGUCAGCAAAGUCGUCGCGCUUCAACAUCAAGGAAGGAUGACAGCUGCAGGGCUCAAGGAGGUCGAAGCUGCCAAAGCAGACGGGCGAUGGGAGAGGGCAUACUCAGGCGCCAAGGACGCCACCGUGCCCGGGGACUUUGAGACGCGCCUGAAGGAGGUGAAAGGGGCCUGGGCGUUCUGGGAGGGGCUGAACAAGACUGCGCGGUAUGCUUUUCUCGUGCGGCUGGAAACUACAAAGACGACCGUCGCUCGGGAGAAGAAGUUGGAGCAAUUUGUCAGGAUGCUAGCGGACGGAAAGCUGAUUUGA